CAGCCCCAACCAUUGGGUCGGUGGAUCUAUAUUUCGGGUCGCAAUGCAAUCGGCAACAAUUCAAAUUCUGGAAGAACCCUAAGCUCGUCGUUCUUGCAAUCGGAACUCAAAUUCCGGUAAUCCUAGUCUCGAAUCGACUUUGUUCAACCUCUAAUGGCUUCGAAGAAGAAGCACUCUGAAGGAAUCGCUUUACUCUCCGUUUACAGUGACGAGGAUGACGAAGAGAUGGAAGAAGAAGAAGAGCAUAGAAAUCAGGAACAAGUUGAACGAAUCGAAGAGGAUGAACGCCUAGAAGAAUCGAAUUUCAUGGAUGAAGAGAGAGUAAGAGGAGAAGAUUCCACAACCCCUAAGGUCCUCGAUAAUGGAGCCGAUGAUGAUACGUCAGGGGAAAGUAGUGAUACGUUGUUGGAUCAGUUUCUUCCACCGCCACCGAGAGAUAAGUGCUCCGAGGAGCUGCAAAAUUACCAGAGGACUAACCCAAUAUGCAAGAGGAAGAAGUUGUCAGUGGACAAAUAAAGACAAGUUAUAUCAAAACAACUUAUUUUGAUUCAUGACAAGAACAACAUGGUGUCUGUAUAUGAUGAAACAAGGCAACCCAAGAUGAGCAAUAUUAAAUCUAUCUAAUUUUUUUCUUUCUUCAAACUGUUCUAUUAAGUUGAGAUAGUCUGGAGAACCAGAAAUUAAAUAUAUCCAGUUAAUAGCUAUUUUUGUGGGCAGAAAAAAAUUAGACAAUAUAUUUCGCAACGUCUUAACAAUAUAGAAACAUGUAUAACUUUUUGCCAAAAUAACCUUUCAAACCCAUGCAAUCAGUUUGCAUAAGGUUCUCUACUUCCCUGUUGACCAAAAAAAAAAGAGGUUCUCUAGUUCGCCUACUUCUCGUAGCUAUUCGUGUAAAGUUCACAGAACUGCAGAAAUAUGUUAACUGUAAUUGUAAUCAAUCAAUAUUUUUU